GCAGUGUUUUAACUUGGGAAGGAGAUGAUCUGAUGAGGGGAUGCCAACAUGGCACAGUCACAACAACUGUCCUCUUAUUCGCAGGGCGUAUCGCCUUCCCAGCCUCCCUCCCAAUUCCAGACCAAGUCGUUGCAAGCUUCCCAGUCCCAGCUCACGCUACCUGCUGAUCUGCCCUUUCGAGUCAUUUCCAAAACAAUCGGCCAGGGCGCCUAUGCUUUUAUCAGGAAAGCUAUUCCCCUCGAGCAAUCCGAACCCGUCUUCGCCGUAAAAUUUAUCCACAAAGCCUCGGCCAUCAAACACGGCCGCAUCACCGCCAAGCAAUUGUUGUUGGAAGUCAGCUUGCAUCAUCACAUUGGGUUCCAUCAGAACAUUGUGCAGCUCUUCGACUACGGUCAAGAUGCAAAUUGGCAAUGGGUUGCAAUGGAGCUCGCCGAAGGCGGCGACCUCUUCGAUAAGAUUGAAGCCGAUGAAGGCGUGGGCGAGGAUAUUGCCCAUUUCUACUUUACUCAGCUGAUUGGUGCUGUGAGCUUUAUGCAUUCCAAGCACGUUGCACAUCGAGAUAUCAAGCCUGAGAAUAUCUUGUUAUCCGCCAGCGGAGACUUGAAGCUUGCCGACUUUGGAUUGGCAACCUUGACCCGCCACAAAGGGCAUGUGAAGCCUUCUACAUUUAUAUGUGGCAGCCCACCAUACAUUGCCCCAGAGGUUCUUGCGUGCGGGAGCAUGUCUCGCACGACCCAUCACUCUGGUGCAGUCGGCUAUCUCGGAGAUUUGGUAGAUAUUUGGUCUUCUGGCGUGGUGCUUUUCGUCUUGCUGGUGGGUAACACUCCCUGGGACCAACCCACAGAAGCAAGCCCAGAGUUUCAGGAAUACCUGGAAACAAAUGGAAGAACGACGGACACGCUGUGGGACAAUCUACCGCCUGAAACUCUUUCGCUUCUUCGAGGCAUGAUGAGAGUAGACCCCGCAUCGCGCUUCACCUUGGAGGAUAUCCGGAGACAUCCGUGGUUUACUCGACCGAACCCGUACAUGAGUCCUAACGGCCGAGUGAACAAUCCAGUGUCCCUGGCGACCAAGAUGCUCGAGAGCCUCAAGAUUGAUUUGAAUAAGCCGUUUACCGCCUCGCAGUCUACGCAAGCGUCAGACAAUAUGGACACGGAUGGCUUUGACCUGAGCACCAAGCUCGCAUCCACUCAGCCCGAGACGCCUGUCAGCGACAUGCUAUUUGACUGGGAGCGUCCCGCGCGAAUGGAGGCAAAUGAUGGCUGGAAGAGCUGGGACCGUCUUGUGGAGGAUCCUACCUUGUCUCAAUUCUCCGCCACGCCGACGGUGCCUUUGUCUCUUACACAACACGCGCAGCGCUUUCGGGAUAUCGUCCCUUCGCAUUCUCUCACGAGAUUCCUUUCACAUCUUUCCUUCUCGCUGCUGCUUCCGCUGAUUAGUGAAGCCUUGGGUCGCCUGGGUGUUCCGGUCUCGAAUAUUCCACAAUCUGCACUAGAAGGAAGAGAAGACAUGACCUGGAUCAAGAUCGUCACCGUGGACGGCCGAGCAUGCGGCCUCAGAGGUGAUGUUGUUGUCGAAAGAAUGUGGGGAGAUGCUGAGGGUCUUUUGGAAGUCCGCUUCAUCAAGGCCAAAGGCGACCCCCUCGAGUGGCGCCGUUUCUUCAAGAAGGUCGUCGUUCUCUGUAAGGACGGCGUUUAUAUUCCACAGUGAUGAUUUACAAGCAUUAAUGAAUGAUGGGGAGGGAUCGGACGGAUUUAUGACCAAGGGAUGGACGAGCCAGAUAUCACUUAUGAAACGGCGUUUAGGGAAGGAAAGUAUGAAGGCUUCUGCAUAUUCGAUCAAGAGCGAAGAAUGAGCAGGGGAAAGUUUCAGACCAGAACCAUGCAUAUUCCUGCAAUCACAUAGAUUCAAAUCUCGUUGUAUGUAGACUAGAUCUCUCAUCGAUAGAUCCCGGUAUCUGCGCUGGGUGGUGUAUUUUCGGGGACAAUUUCGGGGUAAUAAAAAGAG